CGGUAGAGGCCGAGACAAGUGAUUGAGGAACUGACACACUUCUCUCCCAGUCCACGGCGCUGUGUGUUUGUGUGCGAGGAGGCUGCUGUGACGAAGGCAAGCGGGGCUGGUCUUUUCAAUUUUUUUUCUCCCUUUCUGUGCUUGCAUUCACAAACGGAUAUGAUAAACUAGCGCUGGAUGCGCCGAAGCAGCGACAACUAUCAGCUCGGACCAUGGCAGAAGAAGACGACGUGAGGAUUUUACAGAGCCUGCGGGGUAAAAUAUGUGAAGCUAAGAACCUGGGUCCUGUCUCAGGUCCUAAUCGACAAAGAGAUCUCUGUACCUUUUGCACCAUAAAUUUGGAUCAGGAGGAGGUGUUCCGCACCAGAGUGUUUGACAAGAGCCUCAGCCCUUUUUAUAGAGAGGACUUCUACUUUGAGAUCCCACGCCCAUUUCAGUAUUUGUCCUUCUAUGUUUAUGCUAAGAGCGUUUUCCAAAGGGACCUACCUGUUGGUAAAGUGUCUAUCCGGAAGGAGGAUCUAUGUAAAUAUAGUGGAAAGGAAGAUUGGUUCAGCCUUCAACCAGUCAAUCCAAAUUCUGAAGUCCAGGUAAUUUUGUGCAUGCAUUGGGUAAUUAAGGGCAAAGUUAGCCCCCCCCCCCCCAUUUAUUUUUUUAUAUCACCUCAAUAUCAAUCCUGCGGAUGGUACCCGGAGGUGAGGCUGGAGGAGACCCCCAGCAGACGACAAAACUUCUCCACAAUUGAGAAAUAUACUGCGGGCCAUGCUGAACUGACUGAGUGCGGUAAGUGUGGUAAGACCAAGCUCAUGGCCAUCUACGGCAUCCAUUACCAGAGGACUAGAAGCACAGGCCCAAGUCCUUACGGCACUGCCCUCCCUUGGUGGUCAGCCAGGUGCAACCCAGCUGCAUGGGUUCCCCUGUGGAAGUACGAGGAGGGCAGGAGCCGGGAGGUGAAGACCCAGCGUGACAAGCUGGAGGUGUCUCUGUACGCUGGACCGGAAGGUGCACGUCCUGUCGAGGCCAGUCUGCCAGCUGGUGGGGAUAGCAAGCGCUAUGAGCUCAUCCAAGUACUUCGGAAGAUGGAUAGUGAUCAGUUGUUCCUGGAUCUGAGCAGAGAGGCCCUGGAAAAACGCAUCUUGGAGCUCCGCCAGGUUCCACUCGCUCUUCGCCGCCAGGAUGUGGAAGUUGAUGGCAUAAUCGGCGACUCGUCUGCUUCCUUGCUGAAGCCGCAUCAGGGAACGGGCUGCCUCUUGCCCCGGAACAUUUUAGGUCUGGUCAAUUUGUUUUCCUUCAGGUCUGAUCAAAAGAGAACGAAGAUAAAGAAGAAAACCAGCAAUCCUCAGUUUGACGAGACCUUCUUUUUUGAGGUCACAAGGAUCAGCAGCUACUCUAAAAAGUCUCAUUUUCAAGUGGAAGAGGAGGACAUCGAAAAACUGGAACUUAAAGUUGAAGUGUGGAACAAUGAAAAUCUGGCUCAGGAUGUGUUUCUGGGAGAAGCAUGGGUUCCUGUGAAAAUUGUACUAAAUGAUCAAAUCCACAAAGCAUGGUAUCUCCUCCAGCCCAAAGGCAAUGGCAGCAAGUCCAAAUCUGAGGACUUGGGAUCCUUGCGUUUGACGCUCACCUACAUAGAAGACACAGUGCUGCCAUCUCUCUGCUACACGCCACUCUGCAGCCUGUUGCUGAAAUCCCCAGAUGUGAAGCCCAUUUCUGCAUCAGCAGCACACAUUCUGGGGGAUAUUUGUCGAGAGCGAUAUGAAGCUGUGCUGCCCAUGGUUCGACUGCUGCUCCACCACAAUCGCUUUGUGCCUUUUGUCACUGCUGUUGCAGCUCUAGAGUUGGAUAACACACAGGAGGCCAAUACCAUAUUCCGUGGCAACUCACGCAACAGCUGCAUUGAUGACAUGAUGAAGAUUGUGGGAAAGAAUUACUUGGUCGUUACCCUGAAGCCUGUAAUAGAUGAGAUUUGUGAAUCCAACAAAACUUGUGAGAUUGACCCCAUUAAGCUAAAGGAAGGUGACAAUGUGGAGAUCAACAAGGAGAACCUUCAGUUUUAUGUCCAGAAAGUCUUCUCUUCCAUCACCCAAUCCAGUUCCAGCUGUCCUCCACUUAUGUGUGACGUUUUCAGGUCACUGAGGCAGUUGGCUUGCAAAAGCUUUCCAGCUGAUCCACAUGUGCAAUACUCUGCUGUUAGCAGCUUUGUGUUCCUGCGGUUCUUUGCUGUUGCUGUUGUUUCUCCGCACACAUUCCAACUCCGUUCCCAUCAUCCUGAUCCUGAUAUUUCCCGCACGCUCACACUCAUCUCAAAAACCAUCCAGACUCUGGGCAGCUGGGGUAGUUUGUCUAAAAAACUGUCUAGUUUCAAAGAAACCUACAUGUAUGACUUCUUCAAAUCAUUCCAAGAAGAGAAGUGUAUUGAGAAAGUUAAAAAGUUCCUUGACGAGAUCUCCUCUGAUGUCAGCAAGGGGUCCAGUGGUUUGGAGGAUGCAGUGAUUCUUAAAGAGGGGGAAGUGCAGAAACGAGCUCAGGGGAGAAAACGUAUUGGCAAGAAAAACUUUAAAAAACGAUGGCUCAAACUGACCUACAGGGAACUGUCGUACCACAAACAUAAAGGGAAAGAUGCCCUCUGCAUAAUCAGUGUUAAAAAUAUCCAAGCAGUGGAGAAGUUGGAUGAAAGUGCCUUUAACCGCAAAAAUAUGUUUCAGGUGGUCCAUGCUGAGAAGCCGCUGUAUGUGCAAGCAGGGAACUGUGUAGAAGCUAGUGAGUGGUUGGAGGUCCUUGGUCAGGUUACUCGCUGUAACGAGGGACGGUGGGCCACCUUCCAUCCAUCAAACUACACCAGUGGAGCCUGGCAAUGCUGCAAAAACCAGCAUAGCUGUGCAGCUGGCUGUAAGCCAUGCACAAUCACCAUGUUGGCCAACCUGCAGCUGGACAUAGACUGUGACCGGGAAACGGAGAGAAUUUUCUCCCUCCUCUCCUCAAACGAUUCCAAACUCCAGAACAUAGAAGAUGCAUGUGCCAGUAUGGUGGUGUACCAGGGCCCUCAGCGGGAGCCAGAAGAGUACUCCAAGUUCACCAUUCAGGAACCCAAAGAGACCUUUCAGACUCUGCAACAGCUUCGCAACAUUACGGAGGAGCUACAGAGGCAGCAUGACAUCAGGAGUGACGCCACAGCUCAGUACGGCAGCCUGGACAACCCAAUAGUGGGGAAGACCUCCUAAACAGGGAACAGUCUCAGACAGCCAUGCCAGCAGGGGACAGUGUGCCCCACAGUGCCCCACAGUGCCACACUGGUACCCAAUAGGAGGUCGUGAGUUGACUCAGUCAGAGCACCCACACAAUCCAGGUCUUUGAGGAGACACACAGACUGUCUCCCGAAGGUCUUCUCAAGGCAGUGACAGAAUGAGGAGCAGCUUUUCCAUGAUCUUUGCUCCCUUCUCAAAUGGAAGGACUCUUAGGUGCUGGCAGUAUGUUACCUCACCUCCUAAGCCUCCCAUCUGCCCUGCAAGGCCCUUAUAAAACCAUUUUCUUGUCUUAAUUUAUGCCCCCUCCUGUUCUUAUUGUCCACAGCUGUGUGGAUGCCCCGCCAUGAGAUGGUGUGUGACUUAAGCUGCUAUUCUUAAGAGUUUUAUUCAUUUUUUUUUUUUUUUUUUUUUUACCCACAGCUGUGAUUAUGCUUUUACAAUCUUUUGUGUUUUGCUUUGAUGUCUAACAGCAGGCAGUGAUAAUCAGUUUUUAGAGGACUGUCCUCCAUAACCCCGCACCCCCAAUGUGCUCUUUACCUUCUUUGUCUGAACAAAUGUGUUGAGUUUGAUGAAAUAAUCUGCCUUAUUUACAGGAAUGUUUCUGUCACAUUAGAUGCUGAGAGGAUAAUGCAAAAGCACUUUAAAUAUUUGGAACAUUCCAAAUGGAACUGAUGAGAUACUUGGUAUCGGUGCUCCCCAUUUUGAUCAGUUACAUGAUCUUUGGUACAUUUUUUUCCUCAUUCCUGUACUAUAACAUUUACAGUCUGUAGAUUUUAAGGUAUUUUUCUUUGCCAAAGACAGUUUCAUAGCUUUGACUUGGGGAGGGAAAAAGCAUAUUUUGAAUACAAAUGUUUAAAAAAAAAUGGAGACAUAUUCUAAAUAUA